AUGUCGUCCGCGGCCAGCGGCAGCGGGUGCCCCCCCGCGGCGACGCAAGCCACCCCGCCCCCGACGCCCGACUUUGUCGCCGAGGUGGUCUCGGCGCAGCCGUCGGAGGCCGAAGUGCACCUCGGCGCGCCGAAGAAGGUCUGCUCUUCUUGCAAAUCUGAUGUGGGAGAUCGUCCAAUCCACCUGUUCAAAGCCAAGUGCUCCGCCAAAUCGUCUGUCGACACGUGGCGAUGCCGGCUGUGCCGCAACCUCAAGAGCCGCCUCGCUCAGGUUUUGAAAGCAGAUGAACAUCUGGACGCCGACUUCAAGGCGACGGGGGCCGAAGCCAGGAUCGCCUUCCACAAGAAGGAGUCGAAGGAGACGAGCCAGAUGACGGGGUUCGGGGGCACUGGGGAGUGGAUCGACGAGCAGGACAUCCAGGAGAAAUAG